AUGGAAGGUAAUAGGGUGUUUACCUCGUGGUUUUAUAACUGUGGGGGGCUUUAUCAGAUGAUGUUGAGCGACGAAAUUCCAGUCGAAGUAGCCAAGUUCUGCUUUCCAGCCUUGCAUCAUCAUCCACAUCACAACACUGAGCACAAAAUAAAUCGAUGGAUGAGGAGUGUUUUUAAAGGUCUGCACAUACCCUUCCUUUCGAGCCAUCGGCAUAUCCAUCCGCCUCUCACGGUGAGUAAGACGAUCCCACCGGCGACAUUUCCCGGCGUGCUGCACCACCUUAGAAUGUUAGGGAGAUAUCUGAAUCUCCAAAGAACGACAGACCUUGUUGAUAGAACUGGUAAGAUGUCGUCGCUGUUGAAUGUAUAUCUUGACUUCGUGUGGUUGUAA